CGACAGCGAGGACGACCCAGGGAGCCCACCAGCGCGGAAGCCGACACCGACCAGCGCAGGGGGUGCUCUGGGAGCCCGCGCGGCCGCGGCGGCGGUCCGGGCCGCCGUCCAGGGGCGCGCGCCGAAGCGCGCGGCACGGCCAGCGGGGCCGCCGCUCGAGGAGUCGUCCGGGGGCCUCUGCCGGGAGGUGCCGAAGUGGAUCACGAGGCGCGGGCGCGUCGUGCACGUGGAGCUGGGCGGGCGCGGCAUGCGGGACCCAGCUGCGAAGGUCAUCGCGAAGGUGGUGUGCGCCGCACUCACGGCCCCCGGGCGGCUGCGUUGCGCCGAGGAGGCGUCGUUCCACCUGGCCGGCAACCAGCUGGGCCGCGCAGGAGUGUCGGCGAUCCUGGACGCCGCGACGACCGCAGGCGUGCACGUGGCCAGCCUGGACGUGGAGAGGAACUGCCUGGACGGCCCGGCUGGCAAGUGGCUCGCGGGCUGGUGCGGGCGGCAGCCCGGCGGACCCCCGCGGAAGGUCUUCCUCUCGCACAACGCCCUCGGCGGCCCCGCCCUGGAGCGCCUCCUGCGGGCGCUCGCCGCCGGUUCCCCGCAGGGCCAGGCCGCGGCCGUGCCGGUGCUCCGGGAGGUCAGAACAAGGUCGAUUCGGUGGACGCGUUGCUGGACCGCGUGGCGCUCGAGACCACGGUCUGCCUAG